AUGAAUUUACCUUCAGAUUCAAAGCAGCCUGCUAUUUUCGCUAUUACCAUUGUCUUUGCGUCUAUCAAUACUCUUCUUGUGGGUGUACGACUGUACCACCGGUUUCUAAUCAAACAAUUCCAUUGGAAUGAUGGCCUCAUAUGUAUGGCAUGGGCAUUAGCAGUUGCGCAAGCGGGCGUUUUUCUGAAGUUCGCCGUGUUGACGAACCAGAGACAUCACAUCUGGAAUAUCGCUACACCCACAAUCGAUCAACUCGUCGAGGCGGACAAGUGGAACAUGGCUCAGCAGCUCCUAUACAACCCCAUCCUUUGUCUUGUGAAAGCAUCGGUACUAGUCUUUUUGAGAAGACUGGGUGACCAAAGAACUCUGGUUUAUUGGAGUUUGCAUAGCCUCUGGUGGUUCAACAUGGGCCAUAUGUUAUCCGUCUUCUUCGCCGCUUUGACACAAUGUGUGCCUAUUCACAUGUACUGGAACCACUACUACACGGACCAGACUAUGAACGGCAAGGUCGUCAACCCGAAUUAUCAGUGCUACAACAUGGCCGCCUUUUCUCUCGUCACUGCCGGCCUCGCGAUUCUGACAGAUGUUCUCAUACUGCUCGUACCCGUAGCCAUGAUGUGGAACUUGCGCAUGGCACUCCGCCAGAAAUUCACUGUCGGCGCCGUACUCUCUGUCGGCUGGAUCGUAGCCAUUCUCGGCGUUGUUCGGUUCAAAGUUUUCUUUUCCAUUACCCUCUCCGGCAUCGAAGUUAACGUCGCGAUCAUGACUGCCUGCGGUCCCGCGCUCAAAGCCCUAGCGACGCGAUGCGUACCGAACCUUUUCAGCUCCAAGAGCACCACAAAGACGAAUGCAUACCACACACGCGGAUACGAAAUGAAUUCAGGUGCUGGCACAACAAAGAACGGUCGCUUCAUUACGACGGCGCUCCAGCCACGCGACAACGACAGUGGUAGCCAAGCGCACAUCGUGCGCGAUAGCAGUUCGCAUACAGACAACAAGAGUAUAGAAGCACCAUCGAUAGAGGAAGCGGCGGCGGUACCAAACAGCAAUACAUUGACAACCAGCAAGGGCUGA